AUGCAGGCACGGGGCAACAACGCAAUCUCCCAGUUCGUGGCCGUGACCGGCGCAGAUGAGGACACUGCCAAGUACUACCUCGAAGCCAACGGCUAUGACCUCGAGGCGGCGGCGGUGCAGAGUGGCGGAGCGGGAGCGGCGCCGAAGAAGGACGCAGAGGACACGGGAGCGAAGAACGUGGGGCUCGAGUUCGACGCGCAGGCCUACGGCGAGCAGCUGCAGCGCACGUUCGCGGUGCUGCUCGACGAGUCGGAUCCGCACGCGCACGCCUUCAGCGACGUGACGCUCGUCGUCCACGGCGAGAAGGUGCCGGCGCACCGCGUGAUCCUGAGCGCGUGGAGCCCGGUGUUGCGGGACUACCUCCUGGCCAACGCCGACAAGCGGGAGGUGGAGCUGCAGCUGCCCCACCAGGAGCUCAGCGUCCCCGUCUUCAAGCAAGUGCUGCGCUUCAUCUACACCGGCUGCACCGAGCUCUCCAAGGAAAUCGCCAUUCCUCUGCUGGAGCUCUCCAAUCAGCUGCAGGUGCAGAGCCUCAAAGACAAGACGAGCGAGUUCAUCUUCGUCGCCGAGCAGAAGAAAGACAUCGGCCACCUACUGGAGCUCGCCCGGAAGUACGAGUCCAAGCACCUCGAGAAACGAUGCGCGGCCCACCUGGCCGAUCGAUUUGAGGACUGCCUGCGGGACGACAGCCUCAACAGCCUGCCCGUGAGCACGUGGAGCGAACUGCUGCUGCGAGACGACAUCCGGGUGUCCAACGAGGAGGACGUCUUCAAGGCCGUCAUCAAAUACGCCCAGACCAACCCCGUCACCAAGGACGACACCCUCAAGGCCCUCCUGCCCCUCGUCAGGUUCGAGCUGCUCCCGAACCGGUUCCUGGUGGAGGAGGUGGACCUCAACCCGGAGCUGAAGGAGUUGGCGUUCGUGCACGCGCUGGUCCACGAGGCCUACCGCCAGAAGCUCUACCAACAGACCGGCGGCGCACCGCCGACCGCCCGGCGUGCGGGCCGCGGCAAGGGCCGAGGCGUCGCCGGCGGGGUGUGGAGCAGCGCGCUCAUGUCGCCCGGCAUCGAGGUGCUUGAAGGCGGCAAGACGGUGCGGCACACGGGCGCGGGCAAGGGCACGACGCAGUCGUGGCAGUCGGUGGCCCUCGACUCGUGGCUCUCGUCGGGCACCCACGUCUACACCUUCAAGAUCGACAAGAACGCCUCGAACUGGCUCUUCAUCGGCGUCGCCGCGCGGUCGUGGGAGGGCUACACCGAUACCUCGAACGGCUACGUGGGCCACUACCACGACAGCUGGGGCUUCGGCUCCUACACGGGCUGGGGCCGCGCCCACGCCAGCAAGAACUCGGCCUUCGGUCCGAGUUUCAAGACGGGCGAUGUGGUGCAGAUGACGGUGAACAUGGACCUCAAGACGGUGGCCUACUCGGUCAACGACGAAAAUCUGGGCGUGUGCCACAAGAACAUCGCGGACGAGGUCUGCCCCGCGGUCACGUUGUACAAGAAGGGUGAUCAGAUCACCCUCCAGGCUUGA